AGUCGCCAAACAGCCACCGCCCUGGUUGCGCACACUCACCGCUGCUUCAAGAGGACCUGCUCCGCUAACUCUACCACUACAACCCCCUGUUUCCAGUGCGGAGUUUUAUUCAAGUUUCGGUUGGUUUCUGAAGACAAAGUCAAGAUGCUGAUCACCCUGGUACGCGACUCGGUGCUGCAGUGCUUCUGCCAUAGCUGUAAGGCGCCGUUGAGCCUCGUCGCCACUCAGCGACGCGGCGCCGCACCUACGAAGAAGCCUAGCGGUAAGGGGAAGCCCCGUACCAAACAGCCCAAGAAAGUCAAGUUCAUAACAACGGAGAUCCGCUGCCAGGAGAAGACGAAGGGCGGUUUGCGCUACGAAGUGAUCCUGGCCGAGCCAACGGCACCGGCGAAGCGAGCCCCUUCGCCUACCCAGACUUCGCCGACUCAACCGGCCGUCAACAUCGAGGACAAGCUUCGCGCGGCCGAGGAGCGCCGACUCUCGCUCGAGGCGAGCAAGAUCGCCGCGCUCAACGCGAGAUUGAGCAAGAUCGAGGAAGUCGCCCGGAAGAAGGACGAGCUCAACGCUAGCUUCGUCAACGCUACUCGGGAGUCGCUCGACAUCAAGAUGAACAACAGCGAGGAAAAGAGAGAGGCUUUCAUUACAGAUCUCAGGAGCAAGCUCAAGGAGCAUUUGGAAGGAGUCGAGAAGACUAGAUUAACUAUCGAGCAGCAGACUGAAGAGGUGCGCGUCGCCAUUGACGAGAAGUUGAAGAACGCUUCGGGCAAGCGCGGCGAGAACAUCAAGAGCAUCGUCGAGCGUCUCAAAGAGCACGAGGAACGAGUAGCAACCGUGCGCCAAGGAAUCGCCGACCGGGUUUUGCAGCUGGAGUCGCAGAUCCAGUCCAAGCUCGACCAGGCGCGUGAGCGGCGCGAGCUCAUCGAGCGCGAGCAGAAGGAGAAGCUCCGCAAUCACAACACUGUGAGGCUGGCCAAAGUGCGCGAUGUGGCAGGAGCCAACGUCGCCCGGGACGUCGAGGCGAUAAAGCGCGAGUCCGACGCGCGGCUAAUCAGCGCCGAGCUCAACCGCCAGCGGGAGAUACAGCGUCGCGUGCAGGCCAUUCGCCAGCAUGAGAAACGUGUGGAGAUGGUCAGGCAAAACAAAGCUAAAGUUCAAACCAAAGAGGGCCAAGACGGCAUAAUGGACAACAUGCCGGUGGUCAACGAAACUGCGAGUUCCGGCUAAACUACCCGAGAGAUGUCGAUUCUUCACUCGCCUCAAUUUUUCAUUUUAUCAUCAUCUACUAACGUCUAGGAGUAUCCGAGAAGAGAAAAGAGAAACACUGCCUUUAUGAUCCAUUUUUUUAGCUCAAUCGUACAUAUACUUUAAUGCAUGCAAGUUCCGAACACGUUUUUAUGAUUUUUUUUAUCGAUGAUACUGGAGUAUAUCACAUACGCGAAAUUAGCUGGUAACCGAGCUUUUUAAUGUUUGAUCGUUAGACUUUUUUGUCGCCCGAGUGAGCACAUUGAUGUGCGACUAUUAUCAAAUAUUAAUCGUCUUUUGCUUAAUCAUCAGGCAGCAGAGAGUAAUGCCUAUUGUAUUCACGGCGAUGGAAAAUUCGCUUGAUUACCGACUGAGUAAAUUUGCCUUCGAGCGGGCUUUCGUACUUUUUUAAGGGAUAUGCGUGUAUAAAUUAUCGCAGACAAAAUUUUAUGUGAGAUGCCAUAUUUGUAGCAUUCCAGCGUCAUGUGAUUCGCUUUUUACGUUAAUUUUAGCGUACAUUGAUUUAAGAAACGACUAAAUUCUCGAGAAAUUGUCGUUUAACUGUUUCAAAACCCGUUGAUUGUGAAGUUUUCACGUUUACACAAACAAAGCGCUGCUUUGUAGUUUUAACUAUUGAUUGUCAAGAUUUUACUCAUUGGAUAUAUGUGUACCCGCAGAUUGAAAAUUUUAUAGCGACGAUACGAAUUGCGUGCGAACUCGAUGAAAUUACUCGGUUGGUACAUCUUCAACAAUUACUUCAUGUGCGAUUAAUGAUUUAAACCUUAAACAAUCCGAGCACUAGAUUAUAGAAUGUAAGGCUUUUUAUAUACAAAUUAAGAUUCGUAGUUAAUAAUUUAUAUAAUUAUAAGGAGAAAUCAUUUUUUCGGCGAGUAUUAAUUAAAAUCGGUAAAAAAAGGCUUUUGCAUUGUUGCGCAGAUUAAUUAAAGUGAAAAAAAUGAGAGGAAGAGAGACCGCGCGAUGCUUUGUGCGUUUUCAAAAGCGAAUACGAAAGCAAAACGAAACGCACGAAGCGUCGCGCAAAGUGGCGUUAUUAUAUAUUAAAAAUACGUAAUAGUGCUUUAUACUAGGCUUGAAGUGAAAGAAAGAGAGAGAGAGAGAGAGAGAGAGAGAGAGAGAGAGAGAAAAAGAAAAAAACAAGAAAUCCACCUUGAAAAAAUUUUGUACUCGAUCAUUGUAAUAUUACUAAUGCGCUGAUUUAAAGAAUGAAAUAAACAAUUACUAAAGGAUAUAUAGUACACUGAUUUAACGAGUAAAAAAUACAAAAAAAUACAAGAAUAUA